UGAAAGUGUUCUAUUCAGCACAGAGAAUCACCGAUUAUAUAAAUUAGCAUUUAUCGCUCAUAGCAGUGUGAUUUUAAUGUUAGUUUUAAAAAUACCGGAAAAUUAUUGUUCUUUUGCUAACUACAAGUUACAAUUCUUAUCAGAACGAUAAGUUUUUGCUUAAUGUAUUUCCCGAAAUGCCAAUGCCUUUGUUCUAGAAGUUCAUUGCAUAUGUGACGGUUGAAUGUUCUAGUGUGGAAGAUGACUAUUCGCAUUUUAUUGGACAUUGCAUAAAUGUAUCAGGACGAAUUCUAAAUUUCGUUGUGAAGAAAACGCUACAAUGGCUUCAGUUCCCUACAAAUUAAGUUGUGUUCUCAUCGGGCAUAAUUUGGACGUUAGGUCUGUAACCGCAACCCACGAAGGUUAUAUUGUUUCUGGGUCCAGGGACAAAUCCGCGAAGAUUUGGAAGCCAAAUGGGAUUAAUACCGGAUAUUGUGAGGUACAAACUCUGAUUGGACAUUCAAAUUUUGUUGUGUGUGUGUGUGUUCUGCCCCCUCACGAUGGACAACCUUUGGGUCUUAUAUUGACGGGAAGCAAUGACCAUUGUAUUUGUGCCUUUGCUCCAGAUUCUUCCAAACCGCUGUAUGUAUUGGAAGGACAUACUAAUGCUGUUUGCAGUCUCUCUGCUGGCUCAAAUGAAAAAACAGUAUUGAGUUCAUCAUGGGAUGCAACAGCUUGUGUGUGGAAUUUAGAUGGCAGUACAAACCCUUCAAUUACAUUGUCUGGUCAUCAUGGAGCAGUUUGGUCUGUCAUUCAGCUCCCAUCAGGAGACAUUAUCCAACGUACAUUAACAGGCCACACAGACUGUGUGCGUGGAUUAGCAGUGACUUCAGCCAAUGAAUUCUUAUCUUGUGCCAAUGAUGCAACUGUACGUCACUGGAAUGCCACAAUGGGAGCUUGCCUUUCAACUUUUUAUGGUCAUUCAAACUAUAUCUAUAGCAUAAGUGUUUUCCCUGGAGCAGGGGUCAACAGUUUUGUGACAUCAGGUGAAGACCGCACAGUAAGAAUAUGGAAAAAUGGCGAAUGUCAGCAAACUAUAACACUACCAUCCCAGAGUGUCUGGUCAGCUGCAUGUAUACAAAAUGGUGAUAUUGUUACAGGAAGCAGUGAUGGAAUUGUACGAGUAUUCAGUGCAGAUCUGAGUCGUCAGGCAGAUGCAAGUCUUCAGCAGCAAUUUGCUGAUGAAGUGGCAAACACAAGUUUAGCAGCGAAACAGGAACUUGGAGGAGUCAAGAUUAGUGAGUUACCAGGAGUAGGUGCUUUGCUUGAGCCUGGUCGCAGUGAUGGCCAGACGAAGCUUAUACGAGAUGGCACAGAUGUAUAUUGCUACAGCUGGUCUGCAGCAAACAAUGAGUGGGUUAAGGUUGGAGAUGUGUUGGGAGCUAGUGGAGGGACACAAGCAACAUCAGGAAAACAAUUGUAUAAUGGAAAGGAAUAUGACUAUGUCUUUAGUGUAGAUAUUGAGGAUGGAAAGCCACCAUUGAAGCUUCCAUAUAAUUGUGAUGAAGAUCCAUGGUUUGCUGCCCAGAAGUUCAUACAUGAUAACAAUUUGAGUCAGCUGUUCUUAGAUCAAGUAGCAAAUUUCAUUGUGAAUAACAGUAAGCAGAAUAUUCCUCUUGGCCCUAAAGAUGCAUCAGCCGAAUUCUGCGAUCCAUUCACAGGUGGUAACCGAUACAUACCUUCUGGUAGUUGUGGUGAAGCAAGUCCUAAUAUUGUUGCAGAUCCGUUUACUGGUGCUUCCCGAUAUGUUCCGUCAUAUGGAAAUGGGGUAUCAGACUCUGUUCAAGGUAGUGACUCCGGCUCAACAUCAGUGUCCCAUGCUGUCUUGGAAAAUUGCCCUGUGAAGCCUUUUUUCCCACAGAAGACGUAUCUUCGAUUUGAGCAGGCUAAUCUUAGUGCUAUUUCAGAAAAAUUGAUAGAAUUUAACUGCAGUAAGGCAGUUCCCAGUGUAAACAAGAUACAUGAAAAGUAUCUGGAGGGUAUAAUAAAGCUGGCUGAAGCUGAUGCCACUGAGAACUUAUUCCACUUCAAUUUGCUGUUCAUACUUCUUGAGUGGCCAGAGGAUAUUGUGUUCCCAGUCUUAGAUAUUACACGAUUGGCAGUUCGCAAUGCAGCUGUCAACUCUAGCCUUUGCUCUGGAGAACUGGGUGACAAACUGUUCAAACGUUUGGAACGCUUCCUUGUGUCUGAUUCACUUCCAGCUAAUCAGAUGCUGUCACUACGCACUGUGUGUAAUAUGAUGUCACAUCCAGUGGGCAAGUUCCUGUUCUUCAAGAACAAGAACUUUCUGUUGUCUGUUAUAUUUAAUCUUGCCCCACCCUUCAACAAACAAGUGCAGGUUGCGCUCGCAACUCUUCUCUUGAAUCUUGCUGUAGCUACCAAAGACACUUCGACUCCAGACUCACAUGGUCGUGCCCGAGCAGUGGCGGCCGCAUGUGUAUUGUUACCACGUUUGUCUGAUACAGAAGCGCUGUUUCGGGGUUUGGUUGCAUUAGGUACUUUAAUUUGGGAUGCUCACAAACUACAAGAUAAAAUGGAAUUGAUUGAAUCUGUGAAUAAUUCAAAAGAAUUUACAGCAUUGCUUGAUAAGUUAAGUGGGGGUUCAGCCGUGGACAAAGCGACCCAGUGUGCUGCCCAGGUGUCUGCAUUAAUACGAGCGUAAGAAUUCAUAAUCUGAAGAUAAUGCCGUGGUGAAACAAAUUUAAUUUCAAAUUCCUUCAUUGCUUUGCUUUCUGAGAAUUCCCCAUUGCUUAAUUUAAUGCAUGAUUUUACUUUGUUAUAUUAAAGUUGCAGGUAUGGAGGUCUUAAUACACCAUAAACUUAAAGGAAACCUAUGACGUCUAAUACAUAUGCUCUGCUUUACACACACAAUAGCAAAAAUGAGGUACAUUUUUAAUAAUACUUGAGAGACAGUAUUGUUCUUGUUUGAAACAUCUGAUCUUAUAAUUUCUCAAAUAUGUAAUUGCAUUUUAAUACUGCAGUGUUUCCAGUGACAGACAUUAGUUACAUUUGCUCAAAUAUAAGGUGCACUUUCACAUGAUAUGCCCUGAUUUUUUAGAUAAUUAAAUGAAAGGAGGAAGCAAAUACAUUAGUUUCAAAAAGUAAAUGCCACAACUGAAAGAUAAACCUGUUGUUUUUAUUUAGAAUGCAUCAAAGUUUGAUUAAGCGUUAGGUUAUUCUGGGAGACUGAUUCUUGUACAGCACGUAUAUUAGAAUAAUCAGGUUCUUCAUGUGAUGUACAUUAUGAUUACAAAAAUAAAUUAAUUUAAUACAGUAA